AUGGCCGAGGAACAGAAGAACGUCGAGGUCCCCGUCGAGACCAAGCCGGAGGUGACUCCCGCCCCCGUCGUCGAGGCGGCCGUCGAGACCAAGCCUGAGGAGACCGCCAAGGUCGAGGAGGCUCCCGCCACUGAGGACAAGCCUGCUGAGGAGGUCAAGCCCGCCGAGGCCACCGAGGAGACUCCCGCUGAGGAGAAGGAGGAGGUCAAGCCCAUCGAGGAGGGCCACUUGAGCCACAAGGCCCAGGGCCUGAGCUUCCCCAAGAACCUGAUCGCCAGCAAGGAGUUCUUCUACUUCGGUGUCGAGGCCGUUGAGGCCAAGGCCCUCGCUGCCUACCUCAAGGCCGAGAAGACCGCCGAGACUGCUCACACCAACAUUGCCUGGGCCGCCGAGACUGGCAAGGGUCUUCUUUUCGUUGGCGACAAGAAGUCCCCUUCCAGCGUCAUCAGCCUGGCCGAUGCCACUGAGCCCGAGACCGACGGCACCCACAAGUUCCACUUCACCUCCAAGGGUAACAAGCACAGCUUCAAGGCCGGCAAUGUCGCCGAGCGUGACAACUGGGUUGCCCAGCUGAAGCUCAAGAUCGCCGAGGCCAGGGAGCUCGCCGCCACCGUCACCGAGUCCGAGAGCUACAAGAGCGCUAUUGAGAGCUUCAAGCCCGCCCCUCCCGCCAAGAAGGAGGAGAAGCCCGUUGAGGCCCCCAAGGAGGAGACCGCCCCCGUCGAGGAGGCUGCCCCUGCUGUUGAGGAGACCCCCAAGGAGGAGGUCGUUGAGGAGCGCAAGAAGGAGGAGGUCAAGUCCGAGGAGCCCAAGCGCCGAUCGGCUAGCCGCAAGCGUGCUUCUUUCUUCGGCUUCGGCAAGAAGGAGGAGAAGAAGGAGGAGACCAAGCCCGUUGAGGAGGCCCCCGUCGCUGAGGAGGCUCCCAAGGUCGACGAGACUCCCGCUGUUGUCGAGGAGGCCCCCAAGGUUGAGGAGACCCCCGCCGUCGUCGAGGAGGCCCCCAAGACUGAGGAGACCCCUGUUGUCGAGGACAAGACCACCGAAGAGAAGCCCGUUGAGUCCCCCAAGGAGAAGCCCACCGCCACCAAGCGCAACAGCUUCUUCGGUGGUGUCUUCUCCAAGAAGGAGAAGAAGACCCCUGAGCUCAAGCCUACCGAGCCCACUGACGCUCCCAAGGAGUCUGAGGCCGCUGAGACUGCUCCCGUGAUCCCUCCCGUCGAGGCCACCACUCCCCUCGCCGUCGACGUCACUGCUCCCCCCGCUGAGACCACCGAGACUACCGAGGCCGCCGUGCCUGAGGCCGUCACUGAGGUCAAGAAGGAUGUCAAGGAGAAGCGCAAGUCUUCUCUCCCCUUCGCUUUCGGCAAGCGCGACAAGUCCCCCGCCCCCGUUGAGGGUGAGGAGAAGAGCAAGAACGGACCCUUCUCCAAGCUCCGUGCCACCAUCAAGGGCAAGACCUCCAAGUCCGAGGAGAAGCCCGCCGAAGAGAAGCCCGCUGAGGAGCCUAUCAAGGAGGAGGCCGCCACCGAGGAGACCAAGCCCGCCGAGGAGACUCCCAAGACUGAGGAGACCAAGACCGAGGAGGUCAAGCCCGAGAACGUGGCUGCCACCACCACCCCUGCUGUCACUGCCGCUGCCUAG